AUGGCGUUGCCGGCGGGCGAGGGGGUGGUGUCCUACAACGCGGCCAUCUCCCGGUGCGCCCGCGCGGGGCUGUACGCACGCGCGCUGGCGCUGUUCCGCGAGAUGCGCGGGCGGGGGUUGCGCGCCGACGAGUACACCCUCCCGCCGCUCCUCAACUCCGCGGCGCUCAUGCGGGGCCCGCCGCCCGCGGCGGUGGCCGCGCUGCACGCGCUGCUCCUCCACGCGGGCCUCGCGCUCCACCUCCACGUCGCCAACGCGCUCGUCGACGCCUACGCCAGGCUGCCCCGCGCGGGGUGCGCCGCCGCCGCCGCGGCGCGGGCCGUGUUCGACGAAAUGCCGCGCCGGGACGUCGUCACCUGGACCUCGCUCCUCACGGGGCUCGCGCGCGCCGGCGCCCACGCCGCGGCCGUCCGGGCGUACCACGGCAUGGUCGCCGCGGGGGUCCAGCCCGACGAGUUCGCCGUCGCGGCGGUCCUCAGCUCGUGCGCGGGCUCCACCAUGCUCGACGUGGGCCGGUCGGUGCACGCCACCGCGGUCCGACUCGGGCUCGGGCCGUUCCGCUCGGUCGGGAACUCGCUCGUGUCCAUGUACGCCAAGACCGGUGCGCUGCGGGACGCGCGGGCGGUGUUCGACGCGAUGCCCGCGCGGUGCACCAUCACUUGGACGGCACUCAUCGUCGGGUACGCGCAGAAUGGCCGUGGCAGGCGGUCGCUCGAGGUCUACGCCGAUAUGGUCCGGUCCGGGUGCAGGCCGGACUACGUGACCUUCAUUGGUCUGCUCUUCGCGUGCAGCCACGCCGGGCUCGUCGACGCCGGCCGGGCUCACUUCCGGUCCAUGGUGGCCGACUACGGCAUCGCUCCCGGACCGGAUCACUACGCGUGCAUGGUCGACUUGCUAGGCCGGGCGGGGAGGCUGGACGAGGCCAUGGACCUGCUAAACCGGAGCUCCACGGAGCUGGACGCCACGGUGUGGAAGUCGCUGCUGGGCGCGUGCCGGGUGCACCGGAACGCGGAGCUCGCCGAGCGCGCGGCCGAGAUGGUGUGGAGGCUGGAUCCGACGGACGCCGUGCCGUACGUCAUGCUCUCCAACCUCUACUCCCGAGCACGGAGAUGGGGCGACGUCGCGAGGAUCCGCGCGCUGAUGAAGGCGAGAGGGGUCACCAAGGAGCCCGGGUGCAGCUGGGUGGGCGUGAACGGCGUCACGCACCUGUUCCACGUCGAGGACCGCGGGCACCCGCGGGCGGCCGAGAUCUACCGCAAAGUGGAGGAGAUGACCGAGAGGAUCCGGGGCGAGGGGUACGUGCCGGACACGGACUGGGCGCUGCAGGACGAGGCGCCGGAGGGGAGGCAGAGGGGGCUGGCGUACCACAGCGAGAGACUCGCCGUGGCCUUCGGGCUGCUCGCUGUGCCAGCAGCCGCACCCAUCCGCGUGUUCAAGAACCUCCGAGUGUGUGGCGACUGUCACACGGCGAUCAAGAUGGUCGCCAAGGUGUACGGUAGAGAGAUUAUUUUGAGGGAUGCGAACUGCUUCCACCACAUGAAAGGUGGAGAGUGCUCUUGUGGUGAUUACUGGUAG